UUAAUUUUGUGUUACAAUUUGUUUCAACAUCGACAGUUAAAUCUACCAUUUUGUAUUUUAAUUUGGUUUAGUUUGAUUCAUAGUUGUGUUUUUUCUUUCACCUUUUCACUUUUUCAGUGUUUUAGUUUUUGUUUUAGUGUUUUUUAUCAAAUAUAAAAUUGUGAGCCGAAUAUUUUUUAAGAAUUUUACGAUCUUUUUACUUAGUACGGUUGCAAAUUGUUAGACGAUUUCAAAGCAAAAUGGAUGUUAAAAGUUUGACUUCAAGUGGAGAUCGACCUCCUCUUACUAGUAAAUCUACUACUGAAAAUAAACGUUUAUCGGUUGAAAGGAUUUAUCAGAAAAAAUCGCAAUUGGAACAUAUUUUACUUCGCCCUGAUACGUACAUUGGUUCAGUUGAACCAGUUACUCAACAAAUGUGGGUCUUUGAUGAUGAAAAAAAUGAAAUGAUUCUUAAGGAUAUCACGUAUGUUCCAGGUUUGUACAAAAUUUUUGAUGAAAUUUUGGUCAAUGCGGCUGAUAACAAACAAAGAGAUAAAUCAAUGAACAUGAUUAAAAUCGAUAUUGACCCAUCGGAGAAUAUGAUUCGUAUCUGGAACAAUGGUGCUGGUAUUCCGGUUGCUUUUCAUAAAAGUGAACAAAUGUAUGUUCCUUCUCUCAUUUUUGGUCAUCUCUUAACUUCAUCCAACUUUAAUGAUUCUGAGAAAAAAGUUACCGGUGGUCGUAAUGGUUAUGGUGCUAAACUUUGUAACGUAUUUUCAACAAAGUUUAUUCUUGAAACUUCUUCCAAAGCUGAUGGUAAAUCAUUCAAGCAAACAUGGACCGACAAUAUGACUAAUGCUAAUGAGGCUAAAAUUAAAGAUGCUGCAUCAAGAGAUUUUACCUCCGUUACCUUCUAUCCAGAUUUGAAAAAGUUUAAAAUGACAAAACUUGAUUCCGAUAUUGUCUCACUUUUCAAAAGGCGAGCCUACGAUGUUGCUGGGUCUUCAAAAGGCGUUAAAGUUGUUCUUAAUGGAACCGAACUUCCAGUUAAAAAUUUUAAAGAUUAUGUCAACCAAUAUCUUAGAGGUAAGGUUGAUGAGCAAGGUGGUCCACUUCAAUGUGCUUACGAGGAUGUAAGUGAUCGAUGGCAAAUUGCUGUUGCAUCAAGCGAUAAAGGCUUCCAACAAGUCAGCUUCGUGAAUAGUAUUGCUACAACUAAAGGUGGUCGUCAUGUUGACCAUGUUAGCGAUCUAAUUUUAUCGAAAGUAUCCGAAGUAAUCAAGAAAAAGAACAAAGGUGGUAUCCAAGUUAAGCCUCAUCAACUUAAACAUCAACUUUGGGUAUUCAUUAACUGUCUUGUUGAAAAUCCAACCUUUGAUUCUCAAACUAAAGAGAACAUGACCCUUCAGGUGAAAAGUUUUGGAUCUAAGUGUGAACCAUCUGAAAAGUUUUUCAAUUCUGUUUUAAAAGUUGGUAUCGUUGAGAAUAUUCUAUCAUGGGUUAAAUUCAAAGCUCAAGAACAGCUUAAUAAACAAGGUGUUAAAUCCAAGCACACUCGCGUUCAUGUUCCCAAACUGGAAGAUGCUAAUCUUGCUGGUGGACCAAGAUCUAUCGAGUGUACUCUUAUUCUAACCGAAGGAGACUCAGCCAAAUCGUUGGUUGUUGCAGGUCUUGGUGUUAUUGGUCGAGACAAGUACGGCGUUUUCCCAUUGAGAGGUAAAUUGUUGAACGUUCGUGAGGCUGCUCACACCCAAAUCAUGAAGAAUGAGGAAAUUCAAAAUCUGAUUAAAAUUGUUGGCUUGGAUUAUCGAAAAAAGUACGAAAGAGAAGAAGAUUUGCGUAGUCUUCGUUAUGGUAAAAUUAUGAUAAUGACUGAUCAGGAUCACGAUGGUUCUCAUAUCAAAGGUCUCCUAAUCAACUUCGUUCAUCACAAUUGGCCGAAUCUAUUAAAAUUGCCUUUCUUGGAAGAGUUUAUCACACCCAUUUGUAAAGCCACCAAAGGGAGUAAAGUUGUAUCUUUCUACUCCCUUCCCGAAUUCGAGGAAUGGAAAAACGAAACUCCAGAUAAUAAAAAUUGGAAGAUAAAAUACUACAAAGGUUUGGGUACAAGUACUUCUAAUGAAGCUAAGGAGUACUUUUCUGACCUAACUCGUCACAGAAUUCGAUUCAAAUAUGAAAGUAAUCAAGAUGAUCAAGCGGUUGUUCUUGCUUUUAGUAAGAAAAUGAUUGAACAGCGAAAAGAAUGGUUAACAAAAGCUAUGCAAGAAAGAAAAUCAAGACGUGAAGAAGGUCUUGGAGAAAUUUAUCUCUAUCAAAAAGAUACCAAGGUUGUAACUUACAGAGAUUUCAUCGACAAAGAACUUGUACUUUUCAGCAAUGUUGAUAACGAACGUUCUAUUCCAUCGAUUAUGGAUGGUCUUAAACCUGGUCAACGUAAGGUUAUGUUCACUUGUUUCAAACGUAACAUGAAGAAUGAAACUAAAGUUGCCCAAUUAGCUGGUACCGUUGGAUCCGAAUCAGCUUAUCAUCACGGUGAAGUUUCAUUAAUGUCAACCAUUGUUGGCCUUGCUCACGAUUUCGUUGGAAGUAACAACAUUAAUCUUUUACUUCCUCUUGGUCAAUUUGGUACCCGAUUACAAGGUGGUAAAGAUGCUGCCAGUGCUCGUUAUAUCUUCACCAAAUUGAGUCCUUUGGCCAGAAAAAUCUUCUCUAAAAUGGAUGAUCCACUCCUUAAUUAUCUUUACGAUGACAAUCAACGAGUCGAACCUGAAUGGUAUGCACCUAUUCUCCCGAUGGUAUUGGUUAACGGUGCCGAUGGUAUUGGAACUGGAUGGAGUACUAAGAUUCCCAAUUAUAAUCCAAGAGAUAUCGUUGCUAAUUUGAGACGCUUGAUAGCUGGUGAAGAAAUAGUUCAAAUGAAACCAUGGUUUAAAGGUUAUAAAGGUGUCAUCGAGAAAAUUGACUCACAACGAUAUGUCACCAUGGGCGAAGUUUCAAUAAUUGGUGACGGAAAGAUCGAAAUCACUGAGCUUCCAAUUCGUGUUUGGGUUCAAGCUUACAAAGAAAACAUUCUUGAUCCAUUCCUUCAUGGAAAUGAAAAACAACCUACUUUUAUCAACGAUUACAAAGAAUAUCAUACUGAUACCACUGUUCGAUUCGUUGUAACCAUGAGUCCCCAAAAUCUUGCUGAAGCCGAGAAACAGGGUCUUCAUAAAGUUUUUAAACUUCAAACAACCUUUACAACUACAUCAAUGGUUGCAUUCGAUCACAAUGGAUGCAUCAGAAGGUAUGACACACCGGAAGAGAUUUUAAUGGAAUUUUAUGGAGUUCGUCUUGAUUUCUAUAUCAAGAGAAAAGCUUAUCUUGAAGGUAUGCUUCAAGCUGAAGCGUUGAAAUUGGAAAAUCAAGCUCGUUUUAUCAUGGAGAAGAAUUCCGGGCAACUCAAAAUGGAGGGUGUUGGUGCUAAAGCCAUGAUCAAGACAUUCAUUGAGCGAGGGUAUGACUCAGAUCCAGUCAAAGCUUGGCAAAAGAAAAACAAAUUCGAUACUCCAGAAGAGCAGCAAGACGAAGAUGAAGAGAAUACCAGUCAAACUGAAAAACAAGAUACUUCAGGUCCAGAUUAUGAUUAUUUGCUCGACAUGGCAAUGAGAUCCAUGUUGAAAGAAAAGGCUGAUAAUCUACUCAAGACUCGUGACGCUAAAAGAGCUGAAUACAUUGAAUUGAGAGAUACAACAGUUCAACAAAUUUGGCUUAGAGAUCUUGACGAAUUCAGUCAAGAGUUGGACACCGUUGAAAGGGAACAGGCAGAAGCUGCUGAGAAGGCUCUCAAGCCUCGAGGGGGAGAUGGUGGUAAACUCAAGUUAAAAAAAUCAAGUAAAAACGAUAUCGACACCAAACCAUCCGAAUUUGGAAGAAGAAUUGUACCUCUAAUUGAUCCGGCCUUUGCGAAACAAGCUGCAGCCGCAGAGAAACGGGGGAAGAAAAUGGUAAAAGAGGAAGAUCCUGAUGCGACAGAGAUCCUCGAUGAUAUUCCAGAUUUAAGUGACAAUGAAAGUGAUGAAGAUAUUCCUUUGUCACAGAGAUUAGCUGGUAUCAAGAGUAGCAAAACUACUACUGGUGCCACAAAAUCUAAAGCAGCACCUAAAGCAAAAGAGCCCAAAACUACUAAAGCAACUGCUCGAGGUAAAUCAUCAGCAGACAAACUCAAGCAAACAACAUUACCAUUCAAAGCUAUAAGUAGAAAGUCUGACGAGGAUUCCGAAAAAGAUACGUUCGAUAUUGAUAACAUUGGUGAAGAAGAUAGCGAUGAACCAAUAGUCAAACCACCCACUCUCAAGUCAAAAGCGGCUUCGAGUAAACCAACAACUGCCGCCACCAAGAAAACAACUGCUAAAUCCGCUGCUCCUAAAGCCACCACCUCUAAAGCUGCUAAAGCUACAACUAAAUCCAAAAAGCGAAAAUCAUGGGACUCGAACGAUUCAAGUUCCGAUGAAGAUGAUGUCAUUCUUGAUUCUUCUUCAAGCUUAUUACUUGACGAAGAAGACAUAACACCAGUAGAACCAAAAUCUAAAAGAGUUCGUAAAGUUAUCAAAUAUCGAAUUGAAGAAAGUGAAAGCGACGAUUCAAUAAUGGAAAGAAUUUAAUUCCACUUGCUGGCUAGUUGAUUGGACGCAGGCACAAUUAUUUGCUUAGAGUCAAACGUUCGAGUCUGAGUUCAGUCGUUUAAUUGGAAGGUAUUGAAUAUCCUCUGGUGAAGGUUCCAAGCUAUGACUUCUUAGAAGCGGUUUAAAGUCUCUACAUUGGUUAGACUAUUGAUCGUCCAUGAGUAAAUAUUUCAUCAUUCAUCAAAUUUUAACUAUUAUGUACAAAUUUUUAAUCAAAUUUCAUCAUUAACCAUCGAAACAUCUUUUACUCUUUCAUUCUACAUUUUUUUUAUCAAACUGUCAUUUAUUUUUUAUCAAUAUCAUUUUCGAAAAAAAACUAUAGUCACAUUUGAUUUUCAUUAAUCAUCUCCAAUUAAACCUCUAACAUCAAAA